AUGUUCGUUAAGUUUGCACUUAUUUUUCUAUUCUUACAUUGUGCCAGUACUUAUGAAGAGAGAAAGAAUUAUAUUGAUGAUGAUUACAAAAUAUAUGAAAACUGGCCAUUUAAAUACAAUAUACCCCAUUUAAUACAUGCUUUAAAACGAGAUGUUAAUACAGAAGCUAAAGUAGAAAUAGAAAAGAAUGUCAACACUAAGGAAUUGGAGAAGGAAGCUCCAAAACAAUUAAAGGACUUGGGGCAGACAGUUGGGCAUAGUGAAGGGGGUGUUGUGAACCAAGUACCAGUAGUUGAUACUGUUCCUGAUGUAAGCAUAAAAUCAGAUAUGAAUACCUUGAAUGAAAAACCCGUAGAAAAACUGGAUACUACAAAAGAACUUGCAAAUGCACCUAAAGGUAACAAUGACACAAAGGCCAAUGCAACUGAUAUACAAGCCCAGCCAAUUUCCAAAGUAGAAAAUAAACCAUUGACUCACAAUGACACUAGUACAGAACCAAUUGUAGAUAUAAAUAGCCCCGGAGUUGUGAAAAGGGGUCUUAUUGUGUUUGGUGGUCUCACCUUGCUAGCUGUAGCUUACUUCAUAUUUUACAGAAAUAAGCACAAAAAGUUUGACGCUGCUAACGCACAUGGUACUGGCGAUCAAAACCAAUUUAGGUAUGGAGUACUCCACUCUGACGAUCGACGAGAGAAUCUAGAACUGUCUCGAAUACCAUUAACCAUGGAAUCUGACGACGAUGAAGAUGAGGAUCUGGAAAUAUUUGACUUAGAACAGAAGAGAAAAUCGAUGUCAUACGUCAAUCUUCAAGUCAAUGAUGAAGACAUUGUACUGAGAUCAUCGAAGGAUGAGUCCAAAAAUAAUUUGUUACUAGAUAUUGAAGAUGGGUCUGCCGAUCAGUUGAUCAAUUGGUCGGGCAGCGGAAGUAAAUCUAUAUUAUAA